AUGUCGACGGUCGCGGUGCCGUUGGCGUCCGUCUUGAUGUUGCCGAGGUCACCGACGUGGCGGACCUUGGCGUCGGGCGCACCCACAUGCACGACCUCGACGACGACGCGCACCGCCGCCGCCACUUUGCGGUCAUGCCAGGCAAACAACGCGUACCAGGCGCCAGGCCAGGAACGCGGCGCGCACGACUACACUCCGGCGGGGCGGGUGCAGCCCGGCAUCCCUGAUAAUGCCUGCCUCGACGACCGGGAAGGCUGGGCUAUCGAUGACGGCAUCACGUGGGUUGGGAUGCUUGAAACGGGAUGGAAGGAAGCUGCCCUUGUCCUGCGAGAAGUGGAUCACGCCGGCGACGCCGCCGGGGCCGGCGAGGACGGAGACGGCCUGGGAGGUAGUGUCAGUGCGCCCACUCACAUGGAUCGUGUUGGCCCAGUAUCCGUUCUCGGCGACGGCGAGGGGCGCGAGGGCGGCGGCAGCAGCGACGACCUUGGUGAAGAGCAUGGUAGCGCAGGUUGAACAACAAAAGGGGGCAAUGUAGCAGAGUGAUGCGGCUGUCCUGCCCUGGUCCUGCCCUCGGCGUCUGGUCGUAAUGCGCUGCGUUCAAGGUUCCUUUAGUCCCACAGAGGUACAGAGGGUGGUGGCUGCUGCCGCGCUGUGUGGGUUCAAAGUUCGGGAAGGACGAGCAAGACACAGGCACCUGCCGUUUCAGUUCUCGACAACCAACAACCAACGACGACGACGACGACGACGA